UCCUCCUCCCCGCGGCGGAGGCGCAGCCCGGCGGCAUUAGCUCAUCGCGGCGACGGCUUCUCGCGGCUCUUUCUUCCCCCUCCCCACUUCGGGGCCGCCCGCCCGCCGCUCCCCGCCGGUUGGAAGUGUCCCCGGCAGACCCCAUGGCCCUCUGCAACGGCGACACCAAGCCAGAGAACGUUGGAGGAGAGCUCAAGGAUGGGCAGCACCACUACGAGGGAGCCGUCGUCAUACUCGAUGCCGGAGCACAGUAUGGAAAAGUCAUAGAUCGUCGUGUACGUGAGCUGUUUGUCCAGUCUGAGAUCUUCCCUUUGGAAACGCCAGCCUUUGCAAUCAGAGAACAAGGGUUUCGAGCUAUCAUUAUAUCUGGAGGACCAAACUCUGUGUAUGCAGAAGAUGCACCAUGGUUUGACCCAGCAAUAUUUACAAUAGGAAAACCAGUUCUUGGAAUCUGCUAUGGCAUGCAGAUGAUGAAUAAGGUGUUUGGAGGUACGGUACACAAGAAGAGUGUUAGAGAAGAUGGAGUGUUCAGCAUCACUCUGGAUAACACAUGUUCGCUGUUCAGGGGCCUUCAGAAGGAAGAGCUUGUUCUCCUCACUCACGGAGAUAGUGUGGAUAAAGUAGCUGAUGGAUUCAAAGUCGUUGCACAGUCUGGGAACAUUAUAGCAGGCAUAGCAAAUGAAUCUAAAAAACUCUAUGGAGCGCAGUUCCACCCUGAAGUUAGCCUCACAGUGAAUGGAAAAAUGAUCCUGAAGAAUUUUCUUUAUGAUAUUGCGGGAUGCAGUGGUACCUUUACAGUGGAAAAUAGAGAGCUUCAGUGCAUUCAAGACAUCAAAGAGAAAGUGGGCUCAUCAAAAGUUCUAGUUUUACUCAGUGGUGGUGUAGACUCCACAGUCUGUACUGCUCUCCUGAACCGAGCUUUAAACCGAGAUCAGGUUAUAGCUGUACACAUAGAUAACGGAUUUAUGCGCAAAAGAGAGAGCCAGUCUGUGGAGGAAGCACUCAAAAAACUUGGGAUUCAAGUUAAAGUGGUGAAUGCAGCUCAUUCAUUCUACAAUGGUACAACAACCCUGCCCAUCUCAGAUGAAGACAGAACUCCACGUAAAAGAAUAAGCAAGACAUUAAAUAUGACUACAAGUCCUGAAGAAAAAAGAAAAAUUAUUGGUGACACCUUUGUUAAGAUUGCCAAUGAAGUUAUUGGAGAAAUGAAUCUGAAGCCUGAAGAGGUUUUUCUUGCUCAGGGUACCCUCAGACCUGAUCUUAUUGAAAGUGCUUCCCUUGUUGCAAGUGGCAAAGCUGAAGUCAUCAAAACCCAUCAUAAUGACACAGAACUGAUUCGGAAGUUAAGAGAAGAGGGUAAAGUAAUAGAACCACUGAAAGACUUUCACAAAGAUGAAGUGCGAGUGCUAGGAAGAGAACUCGGUCUUCCUGAAGAGCUGGUUUCAAGGCAUCCCUUCCCAGGUCCUGGGCUAGCAAUCAGAGUGAUUUGUGCUGAAGAACCUUAUGUGUGCAAAGACUUUCCUGAAACAAACAACAUUUUGAAAAUAGUUGCAGAUUUUUCUGCAAGUGUUAAGAAGCCGCAUACUUUGCUGCAAAGGGUCAAAGCAUGUACAACCGAAGAAGACCAGGAGAAACUGAUGCAGAUUACAAGCCUACAUUCACUGAAUGCCUUCUUGUUACCAAUCAAAACUGUGGGGGUGCAGGGUGACUGCCGUUCAUAUAGCUAUGUUUGUGGGAUCUCUAGUAAAGAUGCUCCACACUGGGAGUCUCUUAUGUUUCUUGCCAGGCUUAUACCACGCAUGUGCCACAACAUAAACAGAGUUGUGUAUGUGUUCGGACCACCAGUCAAAGAACCUCCUACAGAUGUCACCCCCACUUUCCUGACAACAGGAGUCCUCAGCACUUUACGACAAGCUGAUUUUGAGGCUCACACUAUUCUCAGGGAGUCUGGUUACGCCGGAAAAAUUAGCCAGAUGCCGAUAAUAUUGACACCAUUGCAUUUUGAUCGGGACCCCCUACAGAAACAGCCUUCCUGUCAAAGAUCUGUGGUCAUUCGGACUUUUAUUACAAGUGAUUUUAUGACUGGUAUUGCAGCAACUCCUGGUAAUGAGGUUCCAGAAGAGGUUGUGUUAAAAAUGGUGGCAGAGAUUAAGAAGAUUCCUGGCAUUUCUCGAGUGAUGUAUGACUUGACAUCAAAGCCACCAGGAACCACAGAGUGGGAGUAAUUAACUUUUUUUCUAUUGAAGUACUGUGUGCAGUCUAAGUCAUAUCAGAAACCAUUCCCAGUGUUGACAUGCAGUACUGUGAAAGAGUGACUGGAGCUGCUACAUCACAUCAGAUUCCUCUCCAGGAGCAUAAACCUGCGGUUAAGAUCUGGGGAUAGUAACUAAGUGGGGCUGAGGAUUUGUACGGGUAAAUAAUCAUGGCAGCAUUGCUGGUGCGCAGACAGAUUCCUAUUGCUUUUGCCUUUGUCUUACCAAUUCUUUCUGUUUUCAUGUGUUUUAUUGUUAACUGUCAUUUCAAUGUCUCUGUUUUUGUACACUCUAUAAAAAGACAGUUUAUUUACUUCUACCAAAAGCAUUGUUACAGCCUAAAAAAUGUAAAAUGAAUUCCAUGUGACCAACUGCUUUUGAACGGAUUUAUUAUAAAUAAAUAUUUUGCCAAAUGGA